AAACCUGAUUCUACUGAACCACAGGGUGUGAUCAAAGAAACAGAGGAAAAAUUAGUUCCCUCUGAAGAACAAGACCUCAUAACUCCACCUCAGCCAGAAACAGUAUCAGUGCCAACAGAGCAGGUCCAAGAAAUUGAAAAAGACAAAGAAAUUCCACUAGAAAUGCCCAAAGACAUUGUUCAGAUUCAGCCCCAAGAGCCAACUGCUGGUGUGGUUUCUGAGAUUCAACCAACAGAACCUCAUGCAGAAAUUGAUAGUGAUUUACCAUCACCAAAAGAAAGUUUAGACAUUACCCUAGCAGAAGAAACCCCUGUCUUGGAUGUUACUGAGUCUGAUGAACCACGUAGCCCAACAGCUGAGCGUGAGUUACCUUCAGAGGAGGGUCAAAUGAAGACCACUGAAACACUGAGUGAGACUGGAGUCUCCAAAACCAAAGAAAAGAAAAAGACAAAGAAACCCAAAAAGACAAGCAAAGACAAGGGUCGUGGGGAGGAGGAAGUGCCUUCUGACUUCCAAGAAAUAAAACCUGAUUCUACUGAGCCACAGAUAGUGACCACUGAAGGAGACAAAAAACUAAUAACUCAACCUCUUCCAGAAACUGUGGCAGUGCCAACAGAGCAGGUUCAACAAAUAGAAAAACACAAAGAAACUCCACUGGAAAGGCCCAAAGACAGUGUUCAAAUUGAGCCCCAAGAACCAACUUUGGUGGUGUUUGAGAUCCAACCAACAGCACUUCAGGCAGAAAUACAAAUUGAACCUGCAUUACCACCACCAAAAGGCACUGUCACCCAGAAACCUCUGUCCCACGAUUUAGAAGUGACUGCAUCAGAAGACAGUCCAGAUUUAGAAUUUUCUAUAGCUCAGGAUUUAUUGUCUUCAGAGGACUGUACAAAACCGACUACUUACAAAGCUAGUGAUGCAACAGUCUCCAAAUUGGAAACAGUUGUAAGUUGUAAGGUUAUAGAAAUUAAGAAGCAGCCAUUAUUCAUUGAUCUCAUCAAAGAAGCAGUGCAGGAAAUUACAAAAGGUGUGGAAGCCAUCUGUGCAGAUGAUUAUCCCAAAGCUCAAAUUCUUGCCCCUGAAGUUUCUUUUAUUUUGGAUGAUAAUGAUGAUUUAGGUAUUAUCAAACAAACAACAGAUAAGGAUACUGAUUAUUUAGAUACUGAUUACAAUGUAGAUUUGACAGAAUUACAGUCAGGCAGUCAAAAACAAAAUCUAGACAAAAUCAAACAAACUGACAAACGUGACUCAAUAAUAUGCAAUGUUGAGAUCCAAGUAGAUCAGACCCUAAAAGAGAAGGACUUUAAGGACUUUGAGGGAUCCAGCCCUAGUGUUAGUGAAGAAAAGGUACCUGAAGCAGCACAAGGUUCACAAGUAGAAGGCAUGGAGCUUGAGUGUGUAAAAAUGCAUGAUGAUUUGCAUGUUGUUCAGUCUAUCACCGCCGAAUUGCAGCAUCAACAAGCACAAUCUAUCACAAACUUAGAUAUAGACACAGCAGACCACAUUGAAUUCAUGCUAGAUGUUCUAAUUGAUAAGGGUAAUGUGCAAGAGACUCAUGUUGAAUUGCAGAGUGAUAGACCUGAUGAAAUUCAACAAGAGGAGUCGGAAAUGAAAGAAAGGCACAUAGUAAAAAUGGAUCCAGAUGCUAAGCAAGUGCAUGUAGAUUUGCAUGGAGACAGUAAAUUUAAGUCUGAAGAUAAGAAUCAAGAUAUUGGCACUGCAAGCCAGAUGGGUGGGCUGCAAGAUUCAAAAGUGACAGAAGACAUGCUUUCUGACUUGCAGGUUGUGGAAAGCAAGAAAAUCAUCAAAUUAGAUGUCUUGGAAGACACGAAAAUAAUCAAAAAGAGCAAACCAAUCCAGACGCUACAAGAUCAUUUGGAAGACUUGGAGAAGGAGAGGAAACUGCUUGAAGAUUCAGUUGACCCAACAUCUCAAGAUUCACAAGAAUACAUUUUGAAGAGGGCGGAGGCUGUAGGAUCAGAAACACCAGAAGUCAAGAUAGGACUAAGAACUUCUACUGAAGAUGAACAAAACAAAAUUUUUACCAAGUCAAGUCAAGAUGAUGCUACAAAAACAACUUGCAAAGACCUAGAAGCGAAAGUUAAAGAAACAUUCUUCAGAGACACAGUAGCUGGGCAAGUUCCUCAAAGUCUGGAAGACAUUACUGCUGUAUUGGACAAAUCUGAUAUGCCUGUGUUUGAGAUAAACACUCAAAUUGAAGAAACCAUUACCAUCACAACUGAACAAAUUGAGAGAUUUAGAUCGGACCGAAGUCCAGAUAGGAGACCGACUGGGGAAAUUACAACGGUUGAAGUCCAUGAGCCCACAUCUUUAGUUUUUGCAGUGAAGCCUCAUGAACUUGCCGCAACAUUUGCACAAAUUAGUUUAGCUGAAAUUGACACAAUGGAGCCAGGAGAGACAGAAAUUAGGGUAAAACUUCUCAAAACAACAAAAGAGGCAGAAGAAGCUGAAGAUGAGAUGGUGGCAGAAGAGAAAACGUCACCAAUUUGCUAUCUACAAGUGGACAUACCCAAAAGCCAAGAAGAAAAUGAAAAUGUGUUUGUCACUAUAGUCAAAGAACCACAAAUUGAGAUUGAAACUAGCAUUCAAAGCACAGAUGAAGGUACAUUGAGCGAGGCUGCUGCCAAGACAAUAAAAAUUGAAGUGCAAGGCAGUAGGCCAGAAACCCGAGACAGGGUGCAAAAUGAGGCUGUUAUUUUGCUACCGGAAGAACCAUAUAAAACUAAGACAGAUGUUGUUGAAAUUAGUUUAUAUGAACAAGGACUUCAGAAAAUGCAAAAGGAACCAGAAGUAAGAGUGAUUACAACAACAACUGAGACAACAGUUGAAGAAAAUGUGUUGGAAAUUGAGCCAAAGGUUGACUCUGAGAUGAUUGGAGUUGAUGAAUCUAUCCCUGCUGAAUUGUACAAGAUUUCAGAUGUCAAGCAAAUUUCAAGUCCAACUGAAACAAAAUCUGAAGAAAUGGAGCAAUGCAAAUUUGAUAUUGAAACUAAACCAAGUGGUCUGUCUGACCAAGAAAUAACAACACAAGAUCAAGUACCAGCACAAGAAGAUACAGUUGGAGAAUCAGUAGGUUCUGCUUCAAAAGGACAACCAGACAGUGGCAUAAGAAUUGUAGAUGCAAUCAAAAUACAGACACAGGAGAAGCCAAUACAAGCAGUCUCUAUAGAAAAACAAACAACGCCUAAGGGUCAAGAAACCAAACCACAAAAAUCAUUCAUUGAGCUUAUGAAGGAAGCAGCUCGAGAAAUUACUCUAGGUGUAGAAAGCAUUGUUACCGGUGUCUCUCCCCAAACUCAAACGUCUGUAGAGGAAGAACCAGAUAGUCCAGAAUUAAUACACAAACAGCCUGAAUUGACCCCAUACUCUGGAAUACAACUAGAAAGCAAAACUAUUGAAACUGAUAAUGAACAAAUUGCCACAAAAACACCACCAAUGGAAGAGGGUGACAGUGAUAAGCCCACUGAUUUAGUUAAAGUUAAAAAGCAGCCAGUAAUAGAGGAUGCUAAACAGGACAAAAUAAAACAAGAUCACCCUACAGAAGAUAUCAAAGAAGUAGUUAAAAUUUAUCAAGACCAAGACAUAACAGAGGAGCAACAACAAUUUAAACCAAGUGAACCUAUUCAAGAAACUAAGACUGUGCCAGAAAAGUCUUUUGUGGUCAUGAUGAGAGUUGCAGCACAAGCACUUGAGCAGGAAAUUGAACAACCCAAAUUGGCAACUCAAGACAAGGAUGACGACGUAUUUGUUAAAGAAGAUUUAGCUAUUGCGCAAACAGAAUUGCAAGAAACAAAGCAAGAAAUAUUGUCUGAGGUUGCUAUGCGUCCAUCAGAUGAAGAUAAAGAUCUUGUCAAAGAAGUUCCUGAAAUUUCACACAGGCGCCUAAGAAGACAAGAAAGUGUAGGCGUCAUUGAAGAUCCAGGAGUAAGUCCAACUGAAGUUGCUGAAACCUUUACUGAUACUCUAACAACAAUGCAGUUUCAACCUACUCAAAAGAUUGAAUCCAGAAAAGUAAUUCCAUCUAAGUCAAAGACAACAAUAUUCGAAACAGCAGUGAAGAAGGAGAAAGUGCCAGUAUUACAAGGAGAACGUAGAGAGUCUGUUGGCGAUGAACCACCAAAAAAACAAGUUUAUGCAGAAAUUGGAGCAGAAAGACUUCAAGAACCAAAGAUUGAAACAGCAAAAGAGAAGAUGGACAAACAUCUAGGCACUGAUACAAGUGACACAAUUCAACCCACUUCUGAUGUCUUGCCAACAGUUACACCACAAGAGGCUGAGUCAACUAAAGCAUUACCAUCUAUAGUUGUUGAUGCUGUUAACCAAAUGGUUCAAACUACUAUUAGGGAAGCUACAACUUUGAUUCCGAGGCCUGACACAGUGCAUGAUGCAGUUGAAACUAUAAAUAUUACCCCCAAAGAGCAAAGCACUGACAAAACUGAAGAUCAAGAUUUGGAAUUGGACAGAGUGCUUCCAGUAGAACAAGCAACACAAGUGGUCAAAUUAAGUUCUAUCAUGCAAGAAGAAGCAAUAACCGAACCUGAAGAAACUGAUGUAAGAAAAAUUUUGGCCUUAAAUGAACUUAAACUUGUUGAGACAUCUAUUUCUUCGUCUGUUACUGAGCCAACAAAAACUACUACCCUUGAAACCAUUGCUACACAUGAAAUGGUACAGACAAGCAGAGAAAAGAAACACCCAGAAGCUAUGGCUGACAUUGCUCAACCUUCUAUUGAUACUAAGGCCACAACUGAGCUUGAAAAAUCUAAAUUAACCAAGACAGUAGCAUUAGAAGCACUAGAAAUGGUUGAAACAGCAUGUGUGACUCCAGAAUUCGAACAACCUAGUACAAAACCUCAACAAAGGGUAACUUCAUCAAUUAGCACACUUAACGCAACACAAGACAAGGACGAGCCCCAGAAAACAGACAAAACAGAUGAUGAUAUGCUAGUUAUUGUUGUCAAAGAGCAUGAGGACAAUACUGAACCUAAACUGGCCAUUGAAUCCAAAACAGACACUGAUGAAUUUGUCAGCCCAGCAACAGGUACAACAGAAGAGGCACAAGAAUUGACAAUAUUGUUAACAGCAGAACCACCUGCUGAAUUUGAGGUGCUUGAGAUCCCAGUAGAAACCUCAAAAAUAGAAGGAGUUGAUGUUGAAAAGUCUGAUCAAACUGAGGAAAAAUCUAAAGAAGUUAUUCCAUUUGAGAGUGAAGUUGAAUCUUAUGAAAAGAUGACAGCCACUGACACCAAAACACAGACAGAUGAACUUGAUAGUCCAGUAACAGAAGAGAUACAAGAGGCUGAAUUGACAAUAUUGUUAACAUCAGAACCACCUGCAGUUGAACAAACAGAAUUGGAAUUUGAGGUGCUUGAAAUCCCAAAACAACCCUCACAGAUGCAAGCACUUGAUGAUUCUAGUGAUAAUGAAAAGUAUGAAGAGGUGGAAGUCCACGUAAAAGACUGGGACAGGCCUAGACAACCAAAAUCUGAAAUUGCUUCUACCAUUCAAGACCAAGGUGAUGCACGAACUCCUGAAGAAUUGGCUCCAAGUAUGUCUUCGCAAAUUGAAGAGACAGCAGUAGUUGUAUAUGAAACAGUUACAGAGACAAUUGUGAAAGUAAAAAUGCAAGAAAAAAUGAAACAAGAAGCUGUUCCAUUUGAGAGAGGACCUGAAUUUGACCCAAAGCAAACAAGCAUUGAGUUACAGAUGCCAGAACAAGUUACCAAAGAACCAUCUCAAGAAGGUGAUACUGAAGAAAUCCAACAAGAAGGAGCAAAGCAAAGCAAAGUCAUUAAAACUGCAGAGUAUCCAGAAAUGACUCCUACAACCAGUGCAGAUGAAGUGCAGAUUCAGGAAUUGGAAACACCCCAGGAAACAUGGGAGGAUGCUGAGGAAUCUUUAACUGAAUCUGAAGUUGUCGAAGAGGAAGUUUGGAAGGAGCCAGAAGAAUCCGUGUUGAGGGGCAUUUUCUCAGAGAUAGACCUCCUUGUGGAAUCUGGACCAAGCUGCCAGCUUCUCAAGGUGAGGCCAGUGGAGGAGAGCCCAGAGACUCAGUUCACCUCAACCAGAGCCGCUCCAGAACAGGAUCGAACAAACCAGCUCCACUGCAAAGUCCUGGUGUGUAAGAACCAACCCGCAACACUGAGCCCAACUGAUGUGGAACAGCAACUCAAACAGGCAAAGGAGUGCAGAGAGGCAGCCAAAGCCCAGGUCGCCCUCCUCUCCGAGCAGAGGAGAGGGGGAGAGGUGAGCUCACAGGCCUCAGAGCUGGUGGAGGAUCAGUGGAGAAGCUCUGUCCAGGACUUAGACUCGGUGAUAGAAAAGAAAGAAGCUGAACUGCAGCUGGUCACUGACUACAGCAAACAACUGGAGGAGGUUGAAACCAGUCUGGAGGAGCUGAGGAGGGAACUGGACAUUGUCACAGAGUCUCCAGGUGAAAGCUGCUCUGAAGAGGCUGAACGUCUCAGCUCUUUACAGAGGACUUUGGAGAAGAGACGGACCAUCUUCAUUCAACUGAUGAUAAUCUACAGAAAACUAUACAUAAUUUUCCCCAAAUGUGAGAGGGCUGCUGUUCAAAACACCCUUAAAACUCUGCAAAGCCAAUGGAGACUUAUUGAGAAAACCGUUGAAAAAUCCCUCUAUAACAAAAAUGCUAUUAUCUAUGAGACAGACAGCAUCAAGACCGAGAUGACCAACUUGCAAGGACAACUGGCAGAUAUUGCUGAUGAGCUCAAUAACAUUAAGAAUGAAGAGUGGAAUUGCAAUGAGGCACAAAAUUUAAUUAUUUUGAAUGCGGAACUUAGCGCUGCAAAUGAGAAAUUCUGCUAUUUGAAAGCUCAAACAGACAAAAUCCUCCCCAACUCACAAUGGGAAAAAGACACCAAAGAAAUUCAAGAUGGCAUUCAAGGAAUUGAAAAUAAACUUGGACAAAUUGAGAAAACAAUAAUUUCCAAAACCAAAAUCAGCAGUAAUCCGAUAAUGGAGAAGAUCGUUGCCGUAAUAAGAGAUGCAUUUGCUUGGGCCAAAAAGACAGAAACAGACAUUGAAAGUAGACAAAAGAGGGUGUCACUGCUUCCUGAACAGGUCCACCACCAACUCCGAGAUCUAAAGAAGCUACAAUCUGAAGUAAUGACCAAUCAAGGCCAGCUGGAGGAGCUAGUGGAGGAAGUGAAUGAGCUUUUACCACAAUUGGAUGAAGAAGAAGAGAUCCCGAUGAUCAGCGCAUCUUUGAAAUCUCUUGAAGAAUUGUCCAAGUUGACUGCUGAAAAGCUGGUCAGUGCUAUAAGGAAAACAGAGUCAGGAUUGCAAACCAGAGAGAAGCUAUCCCAACAAAUUGCAGAUUUAGAUGCAUGGAUUAUUUCUUAUUUGAACAAAGAAUCUGUUAGUAGUCCUGAAUUGGAAAAGAGCUUACCAGAUUUGGAACGUCAGGCACGAAAAACCCAAGAAACACAAGAUGAAGCUGAAAAACAAGCCAGAAUUUGCGAAGCUCUAUUGGUAAAGUCUAAAGAAAUUGCCCCUGAACUUACCAUCACAGAGAAUUGCCAGCUAUUUGACAGGCUUAUAAACCUACAAGAUGACAUAGAUGAUAUUGUUGAAAAGGAAAAUGUGAACAAGCAAGAAGUGGAGGAAUGCAUCAAAAUGGUUGAAUCCAGCAAGCAAAAGUUAGUUCCAAUUGUAAAGAGUAUAAGGCACAUGCUUGCUGAUGUGACCCGACCAAAAUUCCCAAUUACAAGCAAGUCGAUACAAGCAUUGCAACCACUGAAAAACACUCUAUCUGAACAUAAAUCGCAAGUUGAACGUUUGGAGCAAUGGUCAUCUCCAGAAACAUCCAAAGAAAUUCAAGGUUUUAUCUGUGAUCUUGAAAACAAACUGUCCACCUUGGAACCCAAAGCCACUGAUCACGAGUUGUACCUGAAUUUGAGGAAGUUCUUGGAGGAGCUGAAAGAGAGUAUGAAAGACCAAGUUCGAAAAGCUAAAGAUGAAACUGAAGAUAUUGAAAAAUACAAGCGAUGCCAAAGUUUGUUUGUGCAAUUCCCUGCGAUAAAUGUGCUUUGCCAAGAACUUAAAUCAAAAUUGCUAGACAUUUCCACUGAUCUUUACCCAUCACAGUUAAGUGCAGAACAGCAGAGGGUAAAACAGACAGAAGAGACUCUGAAUACAAUGGAAACUUCCCUAGAAAAUUCUUUGAUCAUCACUGAAGGCAAUUUGCUGAAAAACAUGGAUUUGGGAAUAGAAAUUAAAGCAACAGUGGCCUUUUUGAAGAAUAUAAACAAAGAUUUGAACAAAAAGACUGAGGGGAAGUUGACUAAAGCAGAUACAGACAGAGAAUACAUGAGGAUUUUAACCUUGAGGAGGACAGUGGAGAUAAGACUGAGAGCCUGGGACGUGCUCAAAUUGAAGUCAAAGAAGAAAGAGCCAGGAGCAGAGGAUGUGACCAAACUGAAGAAGGAGGUUCUGCAAGAGUGUGACAAACAACUGGAGAGCAUGACUGAGACCAGACAGUCUUUGAGAACCUACACUGCCACUGUGAAAAGAGUCAUCCUCCUCUUCCACCACACCGAAGUCCGUCUGCGACACCACUUUGGACUCCAUGGACUCUGCUCUGAGCGAUCAGAUCAAAUCCUUCGGUCUUUGGACUCUCUGGACCAGGACUUCCAGAAUCUCACGGACCAGCUGAAGACCUGCUUCCCCCCAAAUCGCCUCCAGUCCCCCGCUGUGAAGGAGCUCCAGGAGAACACCCUGAGUCAGCUGCUGGUGAUGAUGGCCACAGUGAAGGCGAAGGGGCAGAUGGAGCUAGAGAAACUCAACAGCUGUGUGGAGCAGUACAGUCAUUACUGUGAGCUCUGUGAUGACAUCACUCAGAGACUGGAGCGAGCAGAGGAGAGUGUGAACGAACUAAUGACCCAAAAAGUGACUUGUCUGAGACACUGCUCCCAGCAACAGGAACAGCUCAAGUCUCUUUGCUCAGAGGCAGAGUCCCUGCAGAAGGCACUUGACUGAUCUGAGGGAGUGGUGUGAGGAGCCGAGUUGCAGACGACGCAGAGAAACAACAGUGGCC